AUGAAUAACUCUACAGUGACCUUCACUACACUUGCAUCAUCUGCAAACUCCACAACUCAAUCCAUUGGGCUAAUAGACAGUCUACAAUUGUUUAUCUGCAGCUUUACUUUCUUGUUUGGUAUUCCAACACACUCCUAUGUGAUCUGGCUCAUCAUCACAGGAACAGGAAAUGGACUUGCAUCAGAGUUCUUCAUCAUCAAUCUCUCUGUUUCUGAGAUUGGUAACUGUGUUUUUUGUUUCUUUGAUACAAUGGCAAUUUGGUUUUCAAAUCUCAGGAUAGUAUCAUAUUUUCUGCAAGGGCCAGGCAUUGCUGGUCGUCCUCUGUUUCUGUGUCUGAUCUGUGUUGAACGUUACCUGGCAGUGGUUCAUCCUGUAACUUUUUUAAAAUACAAACCUCUCAGAUAUAGAGUGAUCUGCUGCUCUGUGGUCUGGAUAAUCACUCUUGGAUCCUGUUUGUUUUGCAUGUUCAUUUUAAUGGCACUAAAUGUUGUUGCACAUGGAUGGUUCUUUGCACUGCAGUUUGCCCUUUACCUCUCCAUCCAGUUGUUUUGUCUUGUGGCUGUUCUCAGAGCUCUGAAGCAGUCAGGACCAGGAGACAGAAUGAGAGAAAGAGAAGAGGAAAAUAACAUAAAGAGAAGAGCGUUUUAUCUAAUUCUAAUAACUACUGUGAACACGAUUUUCAUAUAUGUCCCAUUUACUGCCUCAGGAAUUGUUCGUAUUGUGAUGAAGCAAAACAGUCUGCCACUGCGGCUGUCUGCUUUGAUUUGUUACGCACUGGCUGGUUUUGUUCAGCCUGUUCUGUAUCUUCACCGCACUGGAAAACUCUCCUGCCUCUGUUCCUCAUAA